GGCAUUAAUUUAUUAACCAAGAGUAAUUUGGAGAUUACUAGCAAUAGAUUUUGCUUACCUAAAAUCUUAAACUACUUAAGACAUGCUAAAGCUGCUUAAGGAUUUAGGACUUUGGGGGUAUUGGAAUCGUUUCAUUCAUUUUGGACCAUGUUUUUGCUUUUUGCAUGAAUGAAAUGUUUUAAUAGCUUUAAUGAUUGCAUGUUUUGCUUUUAUUUCAAAGUUAUUGAAUUGUAUGAAUGGUUAUUUAUUGCAAAUUCUUUUCGAUUGUAGUAAUCAAAAUGGUCGCAAACAUAACAACAAUCAUAUCAGCAGAAAUUCUGGAUGUCGAGUUAGACUUGACUAAUUUUCUUGAAUGGAAAGAGAAACUUGUCGAAGUUUUGAAAGUUAAUGGCAUACACUAUGUCAUUGAACAACCUUUCCCUACCUAUGAUGCGCGAGGCAUGACUCCUGAAAGGUACAGAAGUUGGGCACUUCACAAGUACCUUGUCACAGAGUUCAUCCUUAAGUCUAUCCUUGAGAGUUGGAGAGGGAGGUUCAUUACUUUUGAACCUCAAGCUCACCUAAGUAGCCUCGAGGAUAAGUGUGCGGGUUUUCGACCCUUGUGCCAAACUGGUGGCAAUGGGGUUGACGAAUUGACUAAUUCGAUGAGCGAUCUCAAGCUCAUAACCCCACGCAAGUCGUGCCUAGAAAUCGAACUUCUGGAGGCACAAAGGCGCAUCUACUCUGUCAAGAUGGACAAAAACACAUCAAUUCGGUCUCAUGUGGAUAUGAUGUCUGGAUUAUUUUUCACAAUUGAGAGACUUGGUGGUUCCAUCAAAGAGUCCGUAACUAUUGCACUAGUGCUGAAUUCUCUUCAUAAGGAUUAUGAAGGUUUUAAGAUGCACUAUCUCUUUCAUCAGAAAGAGAGCACAUUCUGUGAACUUGUGGAAUUACUCAUGAAAUGCGAGAAAAUCCUUAAGUUCAAUCAAAACCCUUCGAAUGUGAGGUGCACUAAAUUCAAGAAAGUAGGCAAGGGGAAGAAAAGCAAAGUUGCAUCUUCGUCCACUCCCGGAGGGCAUCUGGCGCCUUCCAAGAGCAAGAUGAAGAGGAAUGCUUCUCUUUCUACAUCGCAAUGCUUCAAUUGUAAUCAAAUUGGUCAUUACAAGCGAGAUUGCCCCAAACGAAAGGAAGAGAAGAAGGACGAAAAUGUUGCUUCUACUUCAGGGACUAAGGAGAAGUAGAAAGCUUGAUAAAGGCGAGAUGGAUCUACGCGUGGGAAAUGGAGCACGGAUUGCUGCAGUAGCCGUAGGAUCUUAUUUUAUUUCUUUGCCUAGUGGGUUUGUUUUGGAACUAGAAAACUGUUACUAUGUUCCUAGUAUCACCAGAAACAUCAUUUCCGUUUCAAGUUUGGAUUCUAAAGGUUUUAGUUUUCAAUUUAAAGACAAUAGUUGUUCUUUUUCUUUGAAUGGAAUGUUUUA